AUGGAUAACAAUUUUACGCCUAUAUCAGAUGCUUGUUCCAAAUCAGGCAAAUACAAUGUCCUAGGAGUGGUCGUCGAUUGCUUACCCAUCACUUGGUCAAAAGGCUCUUCGGCUCUUGUCACAUUCACCAUCAAAGACUCCGACCUCGAUGGCGACCCACAGACCGGCCUCAAAGUCAAAUACUUCAAUGACGACGACAGUACUCUUCCUAAUGUUGAGCAUAAUGCUGUGGUCCUCGUGCGGGGAAUCCGUACUCGCAUAUACCAAGGGAAAAUGACAGGGGUUGUUUCCCAAAAGGAUCUUGUCCCUUGGGCUGUAUUUCGUCCGCAGUCAGCUCCAAGCUCUAGCCCAACCAUCAGCAGUGGCCCAGUUCCUUUCGAGCCAAGCUUAUGGGAACGAAACCAGGCACAAUCACUCUUGGACCUCGUAUCUGGGGGCGACAGCGGUGUACAACAAACUGCCUCCCGCAAAAAACCUAGUCCUGGUCAAACCACUGUGGUCCAGGCCUCCAAAUCCCCUAAAGCUGGAGGUUUGCCAACGUUAUUGGUCAAGGAUCUGGCGGUUAACAGGUUUUGCCAAUUGCUCGGGCAAGUCAUAAGGCUCAAAUCAUACGACAGCGAGAAAUGCACGAUGUAUAUGACUGAUUACACAGAGCACGAGGAGCUUUUCGAGUACAAGAAACCCGGUGACGAUGACAACGGCACUGAGGGCGACCCGUACAAUUACAUCAAGAGGAAUGACAGUAACGACUGGCCAGGCCCAUGGGGCAAGCGUGUUCUUCAGGUCACUCUGUGGGAGCCGCAUGCUAGCUUUGCUCGUGAAAAGGUCAACCCAGGCGAUAAUGUCCUGUUGACAUAUGUCCGGCCUAAGGAAGAUCGUUACCUAGAGGUUGCCGUCCAUGAAGACAGGAAAUAUCCAACCAAGAUUCAUCUUCGAGUCUGUAGCAACAACGAUGAGCGCGUUCAAGAAUUACUGAAGCGGCGAGCUGAGUAUUGGAAUGUGCACGGCGAACCAAAGAAAGAGGCCAAAAAAGCCAACAAACAAGCCAAAAAAGUCCAGGGGCAAAAAAAGGAGGUUCGCAAAGAGGAAGGCCAACUAACACUAUCAACAUCGACCCGAAUUAAGAAAAAUGCGAAUGUCAAAACAAGAAUUUACACAACGGCCAUUAGCCCUCUGGAGAAGAUUAUCUUGGCUGAAAGUCACAAGAACAAUGGUCCAGGGGGAGUUGUCUACCAGCUUCCAUUCCAGAACGUCCAUUACCGCUCUACGGUUCGAGUAGUCGAUUUCUUCCCCCCGAAUCUGGAGGAUUUUGCGGUCCAGACUGCGUACACUCCCUUGUUUACCAGCCAAGACUCUGCCACCGGGCCUACAGUUGGGUGGCAAUGGCGCUUUUGCCUUCUCGUUGAAGGAAUCGGGCCCAAACAACCCAACCACGAGCAUCGAGAGCUUGUGAAGCUCUAUGUAUCUGGCCAGGACGGUGAUUGUCUUCUCAACGAAGAAGCAGCGGAUCUGCGCGCUCAGCGUAAAAGACUAGCUCGGGUCAGAGAAAAGCUCUUUCUUCUGUGGGGUAAUCUCGAAGAGCAAAAGAACAAUGCCUUGGCCGCUGGCAAGCAAACCUGGGGACCAGUGAGCUCGGUGCCAUUUGAGUGUUGUAUCAAAGAGUACGGGGUACCAUGUGCUCAUAUGAGAGACUCCAAUGCGAUGGAUAUUGAUGACGAGUCUUGCAUUCAAAGUGAUUGCUUCGGAUGGGAAAGACGAUUCGCCAUGUUCGGCACAACCAUCCAUGAAGAAUGA